AUGAUUUUGGAGAAGGGAAUAAAGAGUCAAGAUCUGGCUCCUACAACCUGUGGAAAACAUUCUGUACAAGAUGUUCUGCUGAGACAUGAUCCAAUGUGCAAGAAAACCUUCAGUGGAAAGUGCAAGCCCUUCAGCAUUUUGAAACAGAGACUGCAGGGAACAGAAAUCAUCACUGUGAAGAAGCAGAAAGGAAGAACCCUUGCUCAAGAGAAGUAUGAGGAUUUUGUUAAUACUUUUCAAUCAGCCAAGCAGGUCAAAACUCUGAAGGAGGGCCACCCUCUUCCACCUCCUCCCCCACCAAGAAUGAAUCCAGACUAUAUUCAGUGUCCACACUGCUCACAGAGGUUUCGUGAGGCUGCAGCACAGAGGCACAUGGAGUUUUCUGAAGAACAAGCUGUCUACCAUGCUGCAAAGACCACUGGACAGGCUUCGGACAAGCAGCCAUUGACUCAGAGAAAAACUCCAACAUUAACACCUGCUGUGUUAUCGCUUCUGGAGAGAGUACAAAAAGGUGCCAACACAGACAAACCUAGCCUAGAGACCUCUUUAGAAAUACUGAAGAAAACUGCAAAAUCUUGGGGUGUAUCUACUGGGAAAAAUUCUUCAGGAAAGUUUGGACCGCAAAUGGACAACAGAAGAUAGAGUGGCUCGUUGGCGAGGAUGUGUUAAGGCUUUCUUCUAACACAUUAUGGAAGAUCUCAAGCAACACAACUUUCCAGUACCACUUCUGCCUGAAGUUCUACAGCUACCACGUUCAAUAAAAUAAGUAAACUGAAA